AUGACAAUAUGCUCAAUAUUUCGUCGGCUGGUGGCCAACGUGGCGGCGGCGCAAACGGAGCCGCUUUCUAAGGUGAAGCAGGAACUCUCACGGCAGGCCGCCGAGCUUAGGGAGCAGCUACGCCUGGACGCAAUGGCCAGAUACGCCAAACGACUAGCGCGAAAAGAGGCUAAUAUUGCGGCGCCCAGACCUGUCUACGAGGGGCCGAGGAACGUGCGGUACUGGAUGACUCGUCGUCGGAGCGGGAUGCGCAAGUAG